AUGGAUUGGGAAGGAAAGCCAGCCUGGUUUAACAGGCCACCUUAUGUGAGUAACCUGCGCAUCCAGCCUGGUCUUCGACACCAAUCACGUCUGUUUACUCCUCCUGAACCAUUUAAGCGUCCUCCAGACCGAUUUCCAGAUGCUCAACUCAGAAUCGCAAAGAAUAAAUCAGAUGUACAUCCCCAAUUACUAAUAUUCUUAAAUGAUGCAAAAAACCUCUUCUCAAGGCAACUUCCAAAUAUGGGUGCUGGUUACAUUACAAGGCUUGUUUUUGAUUUCAAUGCAGAAACAGUCUUAGUCUUGCAUAGAGGUAUAGUAACUGGUGGAAUCUGCUCUAGACUUUUCCCAAUUGAACAAUUUAUAGAAGUUGUUUUCUUGGCUGUCGAUUCUCAGUUUCAAGCACGUGGUUAUGGUCGUCUAGUUAUGAGCUACCUCAAAAAAUCAAUUCUCGUUUAUCCAUUUUACGAUAUUAUUGCAUGUGCAGAUAAUGAUGCCGUUAUUUUCUUCAAGAAGCAAGGUUUCAAUGACAAAGCAAUUAACAUGAAUCCAAAACGCUGGAUUGGCCGUAUUAAAGAUUACGAAGGCGUUACUCUUGUGCAUUGUCCAAUUCACCAAGACAUUGACUACAUGACAUUCCCAGGAGUCAUUAACAAACAGAUCAGAUUUGUGGAGAACAUGAUUGGACCUCACUUCAUUGAUCCUCCAGCUAGCCUCAAAAACGCUUAUAGAGGUUUCCCAGAAGCACCUUCAUUUGCAUCAAUAUCUUUACCGGAAAUGAUGAAAAUGACACAAGACCGAUAUGAACAGACUCCUAUUGAAUCAGAUAAACUUGAUAACUACGAAGAAAAAAUGAAACAACAACGCGAUAAAAUGCUUACGAUACUUUCGGAAUUAGAAAAUGAUCCUAAGUUCGGAUACGUUUUCAUUCGUCCAGUUACAGAAGAUAUUGCUCCAACUUAUUUCGAUACAAUUAAAAACCCAAUGGACUUUUGGACAAUGCGUAAAAGACUUAUUAGAUACCCAGAUUUCUAUAAACGACCUGAAAUGUUUGCUGCGGAUAUUACUUUAAUUACAGACAAUUGUAAGGCUUUUAACCAGCCAGGUACCAUUUAUUCUUCGGCUGCAAACCAAUUGAUGUCGAGAUUUAGACAACUUUACUUCGAGAGUUUCCCGAAUAACCCUAUUUAA